AAGUUUUCUAGUGCUCGAACAAAGACAGCAGCUAUUAUAAAAGCUGUGCUUGCACCUCAUUCUGUUGAUGUUGCCUUAAAAAGCCUAAAAGAAAAUGAAGUAGUACACUGUGGAAUUGCUACAGAUGGUAGUAAUCACGAUGCAUUAAAGCUGUUUCCUGUAAUUAUUCAGUACUUUGACUGGAAAAAUGGUGGUUUACAGUCAGAACUGAUUGAGUUAAGAACACCCCAAAUGAGACUGCAGACACUAUUGCCAAAUAUGUGAAAGAAACCCUAGAUAAACAUGGGCUUACUAAAAAGUGUGUGGCAUUUACAGGUGACAACUGCAAUACAAUGUUUGGAGGAUUAGAACGUAACGAAGAAGGGAAUAAUGUGUUUGCAAAUCUGAAGAUGUUGGAAAAGUCAUUGAUUGGAGUAGGUUGCCCAGCACAUAUUCUGAAUAACUGUGUUCAUCAUGGAGCAGAAAGAAUGGAUAUUGAUAUUGAAAAUAUUAUCAAUAAGAUUUAUCAGCAUUUUCAUAUCUACACAGUUCGCUCUGAAAAACUAAAGGAGUAUUGUGAAUUUGCUGAGGUUGAGUACAGGAAGCUUCUCUCUCAUAGUAAGAGUCGUUGGCUGUCACUAUUUCCUGGCAUCACAAGGCUGAUAGAGAUGUUUCCUGCUCUUAAGUCCUUUCUUUCAAAAGAGCAACCACCAACAGUAAUAAAAAAAUUCUUUGAAAAUGAAAUGAGUGAGAUUUACCUCUGGCACAUGCACUCUUUAAUGGCUGUAUUUCACACACACGUUCAAACAAUUGAAAAGGAAAGUAACUCUGUUGUAGAAGUGCUGACAAAUUUGGAGUCUGUGUGUAAAGUACUUGCACAAAGAAAGAACCAGCAUUUCAUGUCUUUAAAAGUUAAAGGACUAAUUACUCAGAAGCGCACAGAAGGAAAAGAAGAAGAGUGUAACAGGUUCUGUGUUGAAGUAGUUAACCUGUACAACAGAUGCUCAGAGUACUUAGCUAAGUGGAUGAAACCACUGGAAGAGUUCUCUUGUUUCAAGUGGAUGGUCUUGAGUGAAAUGCCAAACUGGACUGAUGUGGAACCUUGUGUUGUAUACUUGAUAGACAAGGGAAUAGAGCUUGAUGAUGUAAAGUGCUUUGACCAAGUUUGUAACUUGAGGCAGUUUGUAGAAAGGAACAAGAAUGAUGAAGACUUCAGUAAAUUACCAGCACAUAAAAAAUGGACCAGAUACUUUGAAGCAUCAAAGAAUAUUGAAUGCCACUCAGAACUGCUCAGAAUUGCACAAUUCUUUUUUGCUGUAACAUCCCACAAUGCUAAUGUGGAGCGAGUCUUUUCGCUGAUGCAAAGUCAGUGGACGAAGGAAAGGAACAAGCUGAGUGUUGAUACAAUGAAAGGUAUUCUGACUGUACAGUACAACUACUGAGAGACCUCUUGCGUUGACUUCCUCAACUUUUUAAAGUCCAACAAGGAACUACUUAAAAAUAUAAGACCUACAGAAAAAUAUGUAUCGGCACAUCAAGCAACACACGCAGUGGUUGAAGAAGAGUUAGAAGACACCAACUAAGCUAAGUGGAAAAACGGAAUUCAAGAUUAUCAGCCAUAUGCAAAGGUGAUUGCAGUGGCUCCAAGUCUUGGGAAAACCAUGUGUGGAGCACAAGCAGUCUGUCCACACUGAAAAUUUUGAGCUCAAGCAUACCUGCAGCACAACACAUCUGCUGAACAAUGCAGCUCCAAUUCCUGCAGAUAAACGAACUUCAGGCACAUACCACAGAGCAUUUCUGUGACUACACAACUGUGUUAUAACUGACUGAAUUGUGGUAAAGUGGCUUACAGCAGGAAAGGAAACACAACUGGCACAUCUGAGUCAAGCGUGUUAACUGAUGUGAUGAGCAAUGUGAACAAGUAUUUUAAGAUGUUUUUGGCAAGGAAAAGAUGUGGUGGGAAUAAUGACUGUAUAUAAGGUUUAUAAUUACUGUUAAUCACUUACUUGAAGAGGACAGUUGUUGUGGGUAUGGGAAAAGUGUAAGAUGACAGAGGUGAGAUAGAAAGAGAAAAGUUGUUAAUCUAUUCUGUUACUAACAGAGGUAAUAGCAUUACUCAAGAAAAUAAAUGCAUAUACUAGUAUGCUAAUAAUGACACAAAGUUAUGCUAAUAUAUUCCAUAUUUCCAUAUUUACAGGGACACCAUCCACACCACCCAUGACAGUCCAGCAAUCUGGAAGGAAGACCAGCACAAUACCACAGCAAUUGAUGCAAAGAGCAGCAGAUUUCCUGCCUCCCAGGAUGUUGUAAUUUUUCACUGGACAUCAAUGAUAUGGUUUGAUUAGUGUGACAGUGGAGGACGAGGAGGAAGAGGAGGAGGCAGCUUGCUGUAGCAGUAUAUUAUCACAGUCCUAAAAGGAUUACAGUAAGCACUGCAUUUCUCAUUGAGAAACAUUUUGUUAGCAGGAGCAACAAACUCUGGCAGUCCUGUAAAGGAAGUUACUUUAAGGCAAUAUAUCUCAUGUAAUGAGUAUCAUCAAAGAUUUGUUUAAUUUUUACCAGGUUUCUGAUUCCAUUAUUGGAGGCAAGGAUACUAGUGAACAUGACAAAAGUUUGAAACUUGGAAGCCAUGCAUUUUUGUUUGUGAUUAAAGAACUGAGAAAUGGAAAUUUUUUAGGUUAUUCCUUUUAUCUGGGAAAGACUGAUAUUAUGCAGAGUGUGAGAAUGAUGACAUGUUCAUUAGGCUUAAGACAUUGAUACUUAAGUAACUGCACUUUUUUUUUCUUCCUCUGACCAAGAGGGAAUACAAUGUUCUUCUCUUGGAAUCUUGACAUGUUUGCCGUCAAUGGUAAAUGGAUCCAUUUCUCGGAUGAUUCACCGAAGCUUUUGAAGAGACUCGGUAACACUAUUGUGAAGGAGAAAAGUAAAGUACAUACAGGGUAAUGUAAUUAAAUGAUGAACGUUUAAUUUUCAAUGAUCAUCAGCUUAAAAAUAUGAGACUUGCUCCUAACUGGUAAAUUCAACAUGUGUAGGAUUUUCAAGUAAUGAACAGAAUAGACACACAUUCCAUGGUAGGCUUACUGCCACAAGAAGCUGUCCUUAUUGCAGUAUAGGCAUGUAUAUCAGGUGCAUAGAUCCUUUUCAUUAUUGAAAUAGUUUAGUUACUCUUCAUUUUGAUGAUGUUUAUUGCUAAAUCUUGUAAAAUUUGCAAGGAAUGCAAGAACACCAUGGAAACUGUGCCAUUCACACACUGUAACAAGACAGCACUUCAGGUGCUGUGGCACAACUGGUCUUUGUUCAGUUCCCUUACCUUAGUUAUUAAUUAGAUGAACCAUACUUCCUUGACAAGACCACACUUCCUUGACAAGAUUAAGACUUGGAUUCCCCACUGACUUCAGUUCCUAACUCUAAAUUUGAAGAUACAGUGAUGGCAUCAGACUACUUCUACCUCAUAAUCUUUUCCAUGUAACUGAUUGUGCCUGAAGAAGAUUUUUGAGCCUCAUGAAUGUCAAAUGACAAGGAUAUUUUGUCAGAUACCAGCCAUCAGUUAGACAGCAGCAGUGAGGCAGAUUAGAUUUAUGAUUUCACGUGGCCUUUUCACUUCCCAAUGAGGAAAAAAAGUGUAUUUUCUUUACCAGUCAUAAGUUUGUGUUGCCUUUGCAUGUGUUUCAACAACUAACCAAAAGCUUUGAGUAUUUUAUAUCUUUUGGAGUAUUUUAUAUCCUUAAGUAAGAAAUGGGAAGAAAUAAAUAUGAAAAGUUGAAUAGUUCAUUUGCAUACAGCACACAGAUAUGCCCACAAAAUUUCUUUCUAAUUGAUUUUGUUUUUAUUUUCACUGUAUUCUUGCAAACUACUCUGCUCUUGUCCUACUGUCUCACUGCA